AUGUCCGACGCGCAGGCGAAUGAGGCCGAGAGAAACAUUGAGAUUUGGAAGAUCAAGAAGCUGAUCAAGCGUCUUGAGGCUGCGAGAGGCAAUGGAACCUCAAUGAUUUCCCUCAUUAUCCCGCCAAAGGAUCAAGUUUCCCGCGCGGCCAAGAUGCUGGCUGAAGAAUAUGGCACUGCAUCCAACAUCAAGUCGAGAGUCAACCGACAGUCCGUCUUGUCCGCCAUCACCUCGACCCAAAACCGUCUAAAACUCUACAACAAGGUUCCUCCCAAUGGGCUGGUCAUCUACUGCGGUGAAAUCCUGACCCAGGAAGGUAAAGAGAGAAAGGUCAACAUUGAUUUUGAGCCUUUCAAGCCUAUCAACACAUCGCUGUAUCUCUGUGAUAACAAGUUCCACACGGAAGCUUUGGCCGAACUACUUGAAUCUGACCAGAAGUUUGGCUUCAUCAUCAUGGACGGCAACGGAGCCCUCUUCGGCACCCUAAGCGGCAACACUCGCGACAUUGUUCACAAGUUCUCCGUCGAUCUCCCCAAAAAGCACGGACGUGGUGGUCAGUCUGCCUUGCGUUUCGCUCGUCUUCGCGAGGAAAAGCGACACAAUUAUGUCCGCAAGGUUGCCGAAUUGGCAGUCCAAAACUUCAUUACCAAUGACAAGGUAAAUGUGGCUGGUAUCGUCCUGGCAGGUUCCGCCGAUUUUAAAAACGAUCUCAAUGCCUCCGACAUGUUUGACAACCGUCUCCAAACCAAGGUCAUCAAGGUUGUUGAUGUCUCGUAUGGUGGCGAAAACGGUUUCAACCAAGCCAUUGAACUGUCAUCUGAGACCCUCGGCAACGUCAAGUUUAUUCAAGAGAAGAAGCUCAUUGGAAAGUACUUUGAAGAGAUUAGCCAAGACACUGGAAAAGUAUGCUAUGGUAUCGACGACACCUUGAAGGCAUUGGAACUGGGUGCCGUUGAAACUCUUAUCGUGUUUGAAAACCUCGAGAUUACCCGCUGGGUUCUGAAAGACAGCAACGGCGACGAAGCCAUUUUACAUUUGUCUAAGCAACAGGAGCAGGCCAACCGGGACAAAUUCCUGGACUCCUCCACUGGUCAAGAAAAGGAGAUCAUUUCCCAAGAGUCAUUCUUGGAGUGGAUUGCGGAGCACUACAAAGACUUUGGUGCUGCCUUGGAAUUCGUGUCUGACCGAUCAACUGAAGGCAAUCAGUUCGUCAAGGGCUUUGGCGGCAUCGGCGGUAUUCUUCGCUACAAAGUCAAUUUCGAGCAGCUGGCUGAUCUCAGUGACGAUGACGAAUAUUACGACGAUUGA